GAGAGCUCUGGGCUGCUGUGUGCGUGUGUGUGCGUGUGUGGCUGAUGGAGCAGGCCGGGAGGGGGAGCAGCACACGCAGUCAGGGGCUGAAUCCCCGCAUCCUCUCCUCAUUGCUGUCACAGCAGGAGAAGCCGCGGGACCGGGAGCCAGAGCCCGCUGUGGGGCAGUGCGAGCGGGAUCGGCGCAUCUUCCUCCAGCUGCAGUGAGAGCCGCGAUGCUGCCCUGGCGCAGGAACAAAUUCGUGCUGGUGGAAGACGAGCGCCAAGGCAAAGGCAAGACCCUGGGCCCGGGGCUGAGCUACGCCUCCCUGCUCUCCAGCUUCGUGCGCUCCUGCCCGGACCUGCUGCCCGAGUGCCCGCUGGAGCGGCUGGGCAGCGUGUUCCGCAGCCGGCGGCACAAGGUGGAGCUGAACCAGGAGGACCCCACCUACACGGCCUGGUACCUGGGCAACGCGGUCACGCUGCAGGCCAAGGGCGAGGGCUGCACGGACGAGGCGGUGGGCAAGAUCUGGGCCAAGAGCGACGGCGGGGCCAGCGGCACCAAGGUGAAGCUGACGCUGGGGGCGCACGGCAUCCGCAUGGCCCCCUGCGAGAAGCGGGGCGGCGGCGGGCGGCGGCCGGGCCAUGCCUACCUGCUGCGCCGCAUCACCUACUGCGCGGCGGACGGCCGCCACCCCAAGCUCUUCGCCUGGGUCUACCGGCACCAGGUGAAGAACAAGGCCGUGGUGCUGCGCUGCCACGCCGCGCUGCUCUCCAAGGCGGAGAAGGCGCGGGCCGUGGCGCGGCUGCUCUACCAGACGGCCAGCGCCGCCUUCAGCGACUUCAAGCGCCUGCAGAGACAGAACGACGCCCGGCGCCUCCAGCGCCAGCGCCUGGGCGACUCCAUCGUCCCGCUGGUGCCCAUCCGCAAGCUGCUCAACGGGCAGUGCCCCUACCGGCCCCCCGCCGACCGCAGCCGCGGCGCCCGCCGGCUCAGCUCCAUCCUGGAGGAGGAGGAGGAGGAGAACCUGGGCACCGCCCGCCACCACGCGCCCUCGGGCCGCCUCAGCCCGGCCACCGGCUGCAACCAUCCCGCUCCGGCCCCCCAGCGCCGGGAGCGGGCCGAGGUGCUGACUUUAGCCCGGGAGAUGAGGGGCUGGAGCCUCCAGAGCCCACCGCCCUGGAAGCCCGCCCAAGAGAGGCCCUGCUUGUCGGGCUGCUGAAGUCAGCAGGCUAGAGACCGCCCAGCUGCCUUCCCAGAAGGGCCCGCCUGCCUGGGGUGAGGAUGGGCAGAAUGAGUCUGGAAAUGCCACCCGCUGCUGUGCCCCGGCCCGUGUUCCCCUCGCUGCUGCCUAGGGUGACCAGACAGCAAGUGUGAAAAAUCAGGACAAGGGGUGGUCGGGUAAUAGGAGCCUAUAUAAGAAAAAGCCCCAAAUAUCGGGACUGUCCCUAUAAAAUUGGGACAUCUGGUCACCCUACUGCUGCCUUUGCAGCCUGAGGAGAGGCAGACAACAGUCAUCAGGCCCUGCGGACUGGCAGGGCUCACACACAGACCGACUGACCUGCCCAGCCUGCAGUUAACAUCCUUCACUGCCCUCUGAGUACAGGCACCAGCUCCGGUGUGGCCCUUUCACCUGAGCGGCCAUUGAAAUGAUCUAGACCGGUUGGUGCAUAUCUCCAUCUCUUCCACACACACCUCCCCGCCCCUCCACACACACACAGACACUUGCUAACCAGCUCAGAGACAGACUGCACUGACUCUAAUGACUGGCAUUAGAGCCAUGGACAGGCACCUGCUAAACUGAGACAUACCCGCAAGGUCUGGAAGGGUGAAGGGCUCCCUGAAUGGGCAGCUGCCACAGGGAGCAACUCUUGUGUGUAUUUUGUACUUCCAGUGAUUUCAAGGAAAGAGAGAGAGAGACACACACACACAAACCGGGGGUGUGGGAUGAUAUUUCCAUUUCAGCCGAGGGAAGGAGAAGCUGGUUCAGCUGAAGUGACUUUUACUACUUGAUCUAAACUAAAAUUUAUAUGUUAAAAAAAAGCCAUCUAUUUACAGAGAGAUGCCCUUAGAUUUCACUUCUAUUACAACGUGCAAUUUUUCUGUACAGUUUUGUACAUGUCACAUAGGACAGGUGCCUGUAUGUGUCUGACACUGGGGAGGGGAUGUGGCUUGGGAUGGGUUGUACAGCACGGUGGGGCUGAGGGGCUGGUUUUCCAAGGUGCUGGGCCCCCAUAGCUCUCCAGAAGGGGUUGUGUGGGCGCUCCAGAGCUCUGCAAAUCAGGCCACAGUUACAUGGCUAAAGAGAAGUGUCUACAUUCAUAUUUAGGCACCUAAAUAAGCAUCCUUAUUUUCAGAGGUGCUGAGCACCUGUUGUCUUUGGUGGGAUUUGAAGAAGUUCAGCACCUCUGAAAAUCAGCCCUCUUUGAGUUAAGUAGCUAACGGUGGGUUUAGCUGUCUACAAUUUGGCACCCAAGUUUAAAUUUGGCCCUGGGGUUGCCUAGCUGUGCAGAGCCGCCCAGAGGAUACAGGGGGCCUGGGGCAAAGCAAUUUUGGGGGGCCCUUCUAUAAAAAAAGUUGCAAUAUCAUAGACUACUAUAUUCUUGUGAGGCCCGGGGCCUGGGGCAAAUUGCCCCACUUGCCCCCCCCCUCGGGCAGCCCUUUAGCUGUGUCUUAAGGAGAUGGGCUCUAGAACACCCAGAAGUCAAAUUCUUCAUCUUGCUUUGGCUUCAAUGGGGUUACAUCGCGGACAGAUUUGACCCACAUGUGUCUGACUCUGGGGAUGAGAUGCAGAGCAUCACACACAGAGAGAAGCUUUCUUCUGACACAGAACAUGGGGUGUUUUAACCCCAGGAGAAGAUGGUCAGCUGCACGUCUCGUUUGUAUGUUCACAAUGCAAAGCCCAACGGCAUGUGUGUGUGCGUGCGUACACACACACACACACACACACGCAUAUCAUGUGGUAAUUGUAAUAAAGAUUCUCUGCGUUUUCUGCAA